UUUUCUGGAUUUGUCCCACCAAACGACAGUGUUGAAACGAAACCGUUCUUGCCCGGUGUGAGAAACUAGAAAAGAUUUUUAAAAACAAGAUUUCCCACCUAUUUUUUUUUUGAAAAAGCUCCUUUCGUUCAGUGGCUUUAUUUAUUGUCGUAGAUUCUCAAGUGUUUAUCUCUGAGAUAAACAGUUAACUCCCAUGCCAGAAACUUAUGCCUCCUUAUUGAUUUACAGUCCCCUUUGGCCACAUUCCAUGCUCAAUCUGCUGGGAAUCAGUAGAAUAUUCUAACUUUCUCAUAUACCCCGGAGGAUUAAGCGAAGUUUCCCUUUUUCUUUCCGCCCCCUCCUCCUCUCCCCCUUCUUUGUGGGUAGGAAGGUUUUUAAGGCAUGAUAUCAACAGGAGAAGGAAGGAAAUAACAUGUAGCAGCAUGAUGAUCGAACCACGUAUACUCUUCUUGAGGAGGGUACAGUCCUGAUCGGAGAGGUCUGAAGGGAGUGAAUGUUCUGUUUUGCCUGACUUUGUCCUUGUGUUUGUUUACUUAAGUGUUUGAAUAGCCUGACAUUUUCUUAGAGCAUUUUUUUGUUUUGCUUCGUUUUGCCAAACACUAGAUCCUGGGUGACAGGUACAGGUAAACCGCCUAAGGUUUAGGUUCCCUGGCUGCCUAAAUACCUUGCGUCUUACUGGGUGACCCCUCGGCGUGCAUGUAAGUGGGUUGUCUCCUGGUCUUGUGUUCAUUUUCUUUGCCAGGGCGGGUCGCUGAUGAAACACUAAAGAACAAAGCUAUUUGAUUGGAACGGCAAGGAAUUGGUUGUUUGGGUCUUGAAAAAUGAGCUUAUGGUGCCUUGCGGUAAAAAGCGCGAUGUACAUACACGUGUUUCUGAUUUCUCCGAAGCAAACGGCCGGUGUUGGUUCUUCAGAACGAAGCACUUUAUCCACAGCGGCGCUCCUACACUAGCGAGGAUGAAGCCUGGAAGUCCUUCCUGGAAAACCCUCUCACCGCAGCAACCAAAGCAAUGAUGAGCAUCAAUGGGGACGAAGACAGCGCGGCCGCCCUGGGCUUGCUCUAUGACUAUUACAAGGUUCCAAGAGAGAGGCGAUCGUCAACAGCAAAGCCAGACGUUGAGCACCCAGAACCAGAUCACAGUAAGAGAAACAGCAUACCAAGUGUGACUGAGCAGUCCCUCGUUUCUGCUGGAGAAAACAGAGUGCAAGUACUGAAAAAUGUGCCAUUUAACAUCGUUCUUCCCCAUGGCAACCAACUGGGCGUUGAUAAGAGAGGCCAUCUAACGGCUCCCGAUACAACAGUCACUGUCUCCAUAGCAACGAUGCCUACCCACUCCAUCAAGACAGAAACCCAGCCCCAUGGCUUCGCUGUGGGAAUCUCUCCAGCAGUGUAUCAUCCUGAGCCCACUGAGCGGGUGGUGGUUUUCGACCGGAACCUUAACGCUGACCAGUUCAGCUCUGGUGCUCAACCCCCAAAUGCUCAGAGGCGAACUCCAGACUCUACCUUCUCAGAGACCUUCAAGGAAGGCGUUCAGGAGGUUUUCUUCCCCUCGGAUCUCAGUCUGCGGAUGCCUGGCAUGAAUUCAGAGGACUAUGUUUUUGACAGUGUUUCUGGGAACAACUUUGAAUAUACCCUAGAAGCCUCAAAGUCGCUUCGACAGAAGCCAGGAGAUAGCACCAUGACAUACCUAAACAAAGGCCAGUUCUACCCUGUCACCUUGAAGGAGGUGAACAGCAGCGAGGGCAUCCAGCGGCCCAUCAGCAAAGUCCGAAGUGUGAUCAUGGUGGUUUUUGCAGAAGACAAAAGCCGAGAAGAUCAGUUAAGGCAUUGGAAAUACUGGCACUCCCGACAGCACACAGCUAAACAAAGAUGCAUUGAUAUCGCCGACUAUAAAGAAAGCUUUAAUACCAUCAGUAACAUUGAGGAGAUUGCAUAUAACGCCAUUUCCUUCACUUGGGACAUAAACGACGAAGCAAAGGUUUUCAUCUCUGUGAACUGCUUAAGCACAGAUUUCUCUUCUCAGAAAGGCGUGAAGGGGUUGCCUCUUAACAUUCAAAUUGACACCUAUAGUUAUAACAACCGUAGCAACAAGCCUGUGCACCGGGCGUACUGCCAGAUAAAAGUCUUCUGUGACAAGGGAGCUGAAAGGAAAAUCAGGGAUGAAGAACGAAAGCAAAGCAAAAGAAAAGGCAAGUGUACUGACCCCAGCUCCCAGUUGAAUGCCUUUUCCGACGUCAAAGUGCCACUGCUUCCCUCUCACAAACGAAUGGAUAUCACGGUUUUCAAACCCUUUGUUGAUCUGGACACUCAGCCUGUCCUUUUCAUUCCCGAUGUGCACUUUGCCAACCUUCAGCGGGGAACUCACGUCCUUCCUCUGGCCUCAGAAGAACUGGAGGGUGAAGGGUCUAACUUGAAAAGGGGUCCGUACGGAUCAGAGGAUGACUUUGCCAUUCCAACUCCCGCUAAGCUGACUCGGGUGGAAGAACCAAAGAGAGUGCUGCUGUAUGUGCGGAAGGAGUCAGAGGAAGUCUUCGAUGCCCUGAUGCUUAAGACUCCGUCUUUGAAAGGCUUGAUGGAGGCCAUCUCAGACAAGUAUGAUGUGCCCCAUGACAAGAUUGGGAAAAUAUUCAAGAAAUGUAAAAAAGGGAUUCUGGUGAACAUGGACGACAACAUCGUGAAGCAUUACUCCAAUGAAGACACCUUCCAGCUGCAGAUUGAGGAAGUGGGGGGGUCGUACAAACUCACCCUCACUGAGAUCUAAGGGCACACCGCCCCCCCCCCCCCAGCGAGUUCAUGAAGGUCUCACGUAGGUCUUACCCACCGGAAGCAGGUGCAUCGCAGGCGUGGGCGGAUGCCGGCGGAAGGGACUCCUUUCGAGUUGGAGACGGCGUUGCGUUUGGCUGGUAGAUAGCGUUCCACACGCCGCCCUGGCGUUUUUCAGGCAGCCGAGGAAUCCAUAUGCCAUCAUAUUUGAAUCUUCUGAUAUAAAUACUUAGGAUUAAAAGUGAAACCUUUAUUCCAAGAUCUAAUAGACUCUCUGGGAACCUUUAGAAUAUCUGCUACGUUAUUUAUAUAAAAAUACUGGACUGUUUGUCUCUUCAAUGUUAGUGGGCCUGCUCACCAGUGCAAGUCAGAAAAGGCAGCGGGCUUGGCUUUCAGGGUGCUGUGCCCUUGCCCGAGCUCAGCGUGACCGACUGCCUCAGGGUAGGGGGAGCGGCGCCCCAAGAGGAGGGGGGGUGCGCCCUUUCUCCCUCAGCCUCUCCGCCUCCAGAAAAUGUUUACUCAAGUAGGGCAUGUUCCUGAAAUCUCCCCGUGCCACUUUCUUGAACAUAUCACCUGCCUUUCUCAUGAAGAACCUAAAUGGGUGACAGUGUGAAUCAGUUAAGCUAACGCUGCAUUGUAUAUAAGUGCAAUACGUUUUUGAAGGCCUGUGUCUGUAAAUGUGUAUAUACGUGUCUUAUACAAAUAGAUAAUAUAUAAACACGGCGUCUGUACAUACAGCAAAGAGAUGCAACAAGGUCUACCUUGCAGACUUUCCCUAGACGAAAGGUUAAGUUAUUUUCGGUAACGUAUACCAAGCAGACCGAGUCCUGUGCUUGGUGGAACCCACCAAAACGCCUCGUCUGCGUCCUGCCAACAGCGGUCCUCCCAGAGCACGGCCAAACCUGCCCAAACGGCAGAGAGUCUGUUUGCUCUUGAGAAUGCGGUUGGUUAUUCGGAUUGCUGCCCUAGCGAACGAAGUAAAGGAAGAACGCCGGCGCAUUUCCCGUCUGCUGCGCAUGCCGUUCUCAAUCGUGUGUCCCCACGAGAGUGAACACGCAGUAAUUCUAACACCUGCUGCGAUUAUCGCGGCCUCAGUGAGACGACCCCUGAAUGGAGUCCUUCCUCAUCCUCCUGUUACGCGAAGUGAUUCCUAGUUCAUCGUGUUCCAGAGCCUUCAGGCUUCGAGCACCUUGUGUGCUGCAGACCAUUCUGGAACGCGCUCAUGAGUGCAUGAGACUGUAUUACUCUGGCAGGGGAACAAUUUGUACACGUGUUGAAAUAUAUAAAUGUACUAAAGAGUGUAAUUUUAUAACAAGUACAAUCACGGGUAUGUAGGUUCAGGGAGCUAGAGUAGGUCAUCUGUGUAAGUAGGACUUGUAGUUGCAUUUUUACGUUAAACUGUCCUAAUGAAGUAUGUGAACUAAAUUAAAUUGCUGGUUUUCUAAGAUAAGGUACCAUGGGACACGGGUCAUGGCUAUUUUAUAUUUUGUGUUACGAAGUUAGUUUUUGUCUUGUUUGUUGUUUUUCACUGUAUCACCGAAGAUGCAUUUUAAACCAAAGGGAUUAAAUUUUGUAUAUCUAUUUCAUAAGACGUCACUUCCUGUUAACUCCAUUCCACUUUACCCUUCCGUGACUCGCUCACGCGCGGCGUGAGAUCGUAACCUCGUGGACUGAGAAGAACCUCCCUAGCAUUCUCCCCUCGUUUCUCAAACGGAGAGUCCUCUUUCCCCUCCGGCUUAAUGUUUCCGUGCAGGUGUCUGAAAUGACCCAAGUGACUGUUAAAUAAGGGAGCCCCGAAUGAUUGCCACUGUUACCAAAGCUGAAGGUAGGACGCUUCGAGACCUAAAAUCGUAAGGGUUCUUAGUUUUUUAAAAGCUUAACAGAGCAUGUUUGGUUUAAAAAGAUCUGCCAAUGAUGUUUCAGUUCGUCAGACUUUCUGAAUGAGACAGCUGUCAGGAGUUUAUUCAGGGAAUCCAGGGCCUGGAUGUGAUGGACACUAAAAUAAAUUUCUAACGAAUA